GCAGGUACUGGGAUACGGAACAGAACAUCAACAUAACAAUGGCAUCUGAUCAUCAAACUUCAGGCACCAAACAGCAACAGAAUGCCAAGCUUGUUAUCUAUGAGCAAGAAAACUUCCAAGGCCGCAGCCAUGAACUUAAUGGAGCCUGUACCAGCCUAAAGGAGACUGGCAUGGAGAAAGUUGGCUCCAUUCUUGUGCACUCUGGACCAUGGGUAGGAUACGAUCAACAGAACUGCAAAGGGGAGCAGUUUGUCUUUGAGAAGGGAGAAUACCCACGCUGGGACUCCUGGACCAACAACAGAAGGACUGACAGCAUCUCUUCCAUGAGACCAAUUAAAAUUGAUAGCCAAGAGCACAAGAUUGUCCUCUAUGAAAACCCAAAUUUUAGUGGGAAGAAAAUUGAGAUUAUUGAUGAUGAUGUGCCUAGUUUCCAUGCUCAUGGUUAUCAAGAAAAAGUGUCUUCUGCUAGAGUGCAAAGUGGAACGUGGGUUGGCUAUCAAUACCCAGGUUACAGAGGAUACCAGUACCUGUUUGAGAAAGGGGACUACAAGGACAGCUCAGAUUUUGGCGCCCAGCACCCCCAGAUCCAGUCUGUGAGGCGCAUACAGGAUAUGCAGUGGCACCAGAGAGGAACCUUCCACCCUACCAAUUAAGGGUGAUGCCACUGAAAUGGAUGGGGAGAUACAGAGAGGCUUUCAUGCAAUCUACUUCUGUUUUUCCUUCGGCACGGUUAUCUCAGAUGCCACUGUGUGACUAAUGCUGCUGAAGCAAUUUAAUAAAAAGCUUUUGACUCAA